ACACCCUUCGAUUUGUUCUUAUUUUCCUUCUUUUAUGUCACCAAACACCAAUACCUACACACCUUCUCUUUAUUUAUUUAAUCUAUUAUUUGACUCACUCUCUCACUCUUUUUUAAAUUUAAUUUAAUUUCUCUCUCUCUCUAAUUUAAAAACAGACACCAAACAUUACACCCCCCAUUUAAAACUCACACCCAAAUGCUCACUUUCUGGCAUUCUCUUAAAAAUACAUUAAAAAAACUCAUCUUUUUAUCUUUUACUUUAAUUUAAUAUUUUAAAUCUCUGUCAACACUAAAAAGAGCAGAAGAAGAAGAAGUAGAAGAAAAAGGAAUAAGACAAACUUUUUUCUUUGAUUUUCUCAUCAUAAGAUUAAGAUCUCUAAACAAAUUUAACAGCCCUAUGAGAGCUUCUACUUAAACGUAAUUUUUACUCACUCACCGGAAUUCAUACAGCCCACGAAGAUUCCAUGAGAUGCAAGAAGCACCCCGGAGAUCUCACCACCACCGUAGGCGUCUGCGCUUCAUGUCUCCGGGAACGCCUGCUUUCUUUAAUUGCCGCUCAGCUUCAAGCAGAAGCUCAAUUGCCUCUCCCGUACUCUCACUCACGCUCCUCCGCCGCCGCCGCCGUAGAUCAUUCACGUAAAUCUGAUUCUGCUGCUGCUCCGACCACCGCGCAACCGCCUCCGUUGAUUUUCCCUCGCUCUGUUUCGCCUUACGUGGCUCCCCGGCGAGAAUCUGAUCAAACUCCGAGCCAUCAUCCGCUCUUCUUUAGCACGCCUCAGGUGAACCCAAUUUACAACAACAAUUGCUAUAACAAUAACAAUUACAGGAAGAAAAAGCACGCCAGAUUUUCUCUGUUGACAAAUCUAUUUAGGUCAAAAUCCGACAAGUUAAAUCAUCCGGAUCCUUCUAGAAACUCUUCAAGCGGCGCCGUUUCGUCUACUUCUUCGCCGGUCUGGUUCUCUGGUAUAUUUUCCUCUUCUCGCAGCAGUAAGAAGCAAUCUCCUAAUUGUCCCGCCGAUAUCUCCGUCCGCCAACCUCGCCGGAGAAUAGUAGAUCGGGGAAUGUCGCCGGCUAGAGGAGCGGAUUCGGAUGAUGAUUGUGCGGAUCGGUCUCCGUCUGGAAGCGGAUCUUCGGGGGAGUCAACUUCAUCUCACUGGUCGAAGAGGACACCGAUAUCCGCACCGGCGGCAGCGGCGUCGGCAAUUAGGCGUUCGAAGACUGGACACGUGUCGUCCUCGGGGUUAGCUUUUUGUUUGAGUCCCUUGGUUAGAGCUAGCCCUAACCGGCACUGGAACCAGAAAGGCGGAGCAGGAAGCGUAAGUUUACCGCCUGACAUCGGCUAUUCCGGUGAGAUUAGGGUUCCUGCGAAGCCUCAUUUGUCGACGGCGUCAUUGUUUUGCGCGAAUCGUUCGCGGAAGCUUUGCGAUUUAGGCAGAGUCAAUCUCAACCGUCCAUAAACAGAAGCAGAAAAUGGUUGACAUUUGACCACCGGUGAUAUUUUUGAAAGUACGGUCUUGCCCCUACUCUUCCCAUUUUACACACUUUAAUUUUCGUUUCAAAGAAUUACCCUUUUGGAAGUUAAAAUUACAAAUGGAGGGAAAAGGGUAAAAUAGUUAAAAAAAAAAAGAACUUGUGUUGUUUAUCAUUGUAUAUUGGAUUUUGAUGUAUAAUUUGUGUAUUACUAUUUACAUUUAAACUAAUGAGAAUUAUAGUGAGAUGAGAUUAUUGGCAA